AUGAGCUGUCGGUGCUUACUCGACUUUACGCUAAUCGCACUGGUUGGGCAUGUUAUUGUCGCUCCUACAGUACAAACCUCAUCCAUAGAUGUCAGUGUUCGAAACUCGAAUACCACUCGGGCUGUGACGAAAGUGCUGAGUCGACACAAACGGUAUCUGGCAUUUCCGGAGGGCUCUUCGGUUUCGGCUGCCAUUUGCUUGACUAUUGGCGUUAUUGGAAAUCCUAAUGUGGACUGGCUCAGUUGGGCGGUUAACUGGGGCGUUGCCUACGACCUUCCCAAUCACAUGUGGGUCCGACAGCACGCUCAUGGAUUUGCCAAGAAUCUAACAAAGGCCGUGAUCCAACGCCGUAACCGGCGCAGCUUUUAUGAGGAAGUGCAGACGGCUCUGCAUCAUAUGGGCUACAAUGGUCAGGCGUGUGUGGCGCGGGCGCUCUGUGAAAGUGCCAAAUACAUGCACCUAAAAAGACCAAGGCGUGGCAAUAUGCUCGAGGAGCUACUGCGCAUCGUUCUGAGCCUUCCGGCGGCACAGGUGGACCCACAGGAGCCACAUGAGCAUCAUCAUUACGAUCAAAUCUAUCGGCAUGCAACCCGAGAUUCCCACGACUGCAGCUUGACCUAUCCGGGAUGUCAGUUCUCAUUACUGAAGUUAGCAUUGGGUAGCUAUGCUGCAGCACCGGUGCAGCUUAGUUCCUAUAAUUUUAUGUGA